AUACCCUUCCAAUAGAAUACAAACAAAUUGAAUAGUUGAAAUAAAGUAAUCUCCAUAAAGUUACUGCUUACUUGGUUUGUCACUUAAAAAAAUAAAUAAAUAAAAUAUAAAAAAUUAUCAAGUACUCAAAAAAAUAAAAAAUUGAUCUUAGAAAACUGAACCAACGCGACAAAGGAUAAUGGAAUACAUAUUAUUUCAUAAUUUUUUUAAAAAAUGACAUUAUAUUUUGUUACAUUCUUUUAUGGCAUCUCUAGUAAAAUUGUUGUUUUCAUUAUCUGUGAUUGCAUUGUAAGUUCUGUGCCAAUUUAUGAAGAUCCAUAAAGCUUUCUUGUUGGUUUUCUCACUAGUGAUGUGCCAAUUUCGGUUUUGAACUAGGAUAGACUUGUUUUUCGUGGAUCAACAGGGACACCUACCAACCAUCUUUCUUAUAUAUGUUCUGGUAGGUACCUAGCUUUGAAUCACUCACCAACACAAAUCUGUUUCUCUCAGUACGUACCCUAUCAACCAUGGAAAUUCUCAAAUACGACCACACUCAUCGUCAUUUCCCUCCAUAUAUUCUGUUUGGUGCUAUGUCCAAGAUCUCUGUUUUUCUCUUCCUACUAAUCACCCCCUUUGCAAAACCACUAUCCCACGAAAACACCACCUUCGGAUUCAACAGUUUCAAUCCAAACAUGCAUGACAUCUCAUAUGAAGGAGAUGCUUACUCGUCAAACCAAGUCAUCAGUCUCACAAAAUAUUUAAAAGCAAGCGUUGGUCGAGCCACCUACAGAGAACCCAUAAAACUUUGGGACAUUGCCUCUGGAAAUCUUGCAGACUUCAACACCCACUUUUCCUUUCUAAUAAACUCGCGAAAUGCUUCCACUGGUUACUCUGGUUUUGCCUUCUUUCUCGCUCCCUUCGGCUCCCACCUCCUUCCUAACUCAGGAAAUAGCCAUCUUGGUCUGGUUGGUACCAACACCACAAACGUUUCAUUUGUUGCUGUUGAAUUCGAUACAUAUUCGACUCCUGGGCCAUGGGACUUCCAAGGCUCUGAUCAUGUGGGUAUUGAUGUCAACUCUCUUAGUUCUGUAGAGGCCGUGGAAUGGUCUUGGAGUGACGGGCAAAGAGCUAAGGCUUGGAUCAGCUAUAAUUCUAGUUCAAAAAAUCUUAGUGUUCUUGUGAAUGAUGAUCAAAUGGCUUCAAGUAGUUCAACUUCAAAUUCCACUAGCCUUUCCUACAUAGUUGAUUUGAAGAUGUUUUUACCGGAGUUGGUGACCAUUGGCUUUUCUGGUGCCUCUGGAUCAGAUAAUGAUGGGUAUGAGACGUACAACAUUAUCUCAUGGGAUUUCAGCUCUACUCUGAAAAGUGCUGAAAAUGUAACAAAUAUGAUCUCUGGAAGAAAGAAAAACAAGAUCUGGCUGUGGAUAUAUAUCAUGCUGGGUGUUGGUGCUUGUUUUGUGGUUCCUGCUUUGGUAUGGUUUGGCUGUUGGAUGGAAAGGAAUAAAAGCAAAACUGAAAGUGGUCGUAUGGAAAGAAAUAAUAAAAGGAAUACUGAAAAUAAUCCGAUGCCAGCAGACUAUGAGUUGGAAAGGGUGGAAGUACUACCUAGGAACUUCUCAUGCCAGGAGUUGGAAAGGGUGGAAGUACCUAGGAACUUCUCAUACUGGGAAUUGGAAGUCGCGACCAAUAGUUUUGCAGAUGAACGGCUGCUUGGAAGGGGAGGGUUUGGACGGGUUUACAAAGGGGUCUUGAGUGAUACCGAAUCCAGUGUUGCUGUUAAAAAGAUAAUUCCAGAGUCGCGGCAAGGUAUGAAGGAGUAUGUCUCAGAAGUUCAAGCCAUUAGCAGACUGAGGCACAAGAACUUGGUGAAACUCAUUGGUUGGUGUCAUGAUCAAGAUCAGGAACUUCUCAUUGUUUAUGAUUUCAUGCCAAAUAAGAGCUUGGAUUUCCAUCUUUUCAAAGAAACACGCUUGUUGAAAUGGGAAGAGAGGUACAGGAUCGCGUUAGGUCUGGCAUCGGCAUUGGUUUAUAUGCAGGAGGACUGUGAACAAUGUGUGCUGCACCGGGACAUCAAAUCGAGCAAUGUUUUGUUAGAUUCGAAUUUUAAUGCGAAGCUUGGGGAUUUUGGGCUAGCAAGACUCGUAGAACACGGAAAAGAAUCUCAAACAACGGAUUUGAUUGGGACACCGGGUUACAUGGCUCCCGAAUACCAUCAGAAUAGAAAAGCUACCAAGAAAUCGGAUAUCUACAGUUUUGGGAUCGUCGCUUUGGAGAUAGCAUGUGGAAAGCAUGCUAUUGAACAUGGUGAAGCCAAAGGCAAGAAAGUUGUAAUUGAAUUGGUGAAGGCGGUAUGGGGACACUAUGGAAAUAGAAAUUUUAUGGAGGCAGGCGAUCCAAAAUUAGGCAGAGAGUAUGAUGUGGAACAGAUGAAGCGUUUGAUUGUUGUGGGGCUUUGGUGUGCUCAUCCAGAUUAUAGCAGCCGCCCUUCCAUAAAGGAAGUCAUGGAUGUGCUCAAUUCUAAAGCUCCAUUGCCAGACCUGCCAUCAGCUAUGCCAGUAUCCACAUUUAUUCCUCUUCCAGUAAUUCUUUCCUCAUCAAAUGGUGCUAGUGGUUCUGAAAGAGGCCAACCCCAAUAUUCAGGCAAUAGCGGCAACACUGAUUCCUCAAACUACAGGUCAUUUCCUACAGCUUCUGGUGGUUCAUGAUUCUCGCACAUUCAGAUGUGUAGCUAUGUCCUAAAUAUAUCAAGCUUGAAAUAUGCAUGUGAUGUGUGUGUGUUUCAGUGUUUGUGUGUUUUCUUCUUAUCUCUGUGCCUUAAUUACAUCUAGCAUUGUUAUUGGCACUUCUUGUUUUCAAUCUGUAUAAUUUGCGCUAUUGUUAUUGUGAGUGUGAAGUAUUGUAACUUGAGUGAAGAGAUUGGUAAUGAAUGCUGUGAUUUCAAUUUCUA